CGGUUGUUUUGUAUUUGUUUAUUUAUUUACCAUUUCAAAGCCAAAUUUACAAAGCGUUCAAUAUUUUAUUUCUAAUACAGUAUGCCAAAGGACAAGAAGACCCACGACCAAAGCGCCGAUGAACCCGCCAGCACUGCGACGACGACAUGGCGGCAGAUGAGACGGGCCCAGCCGGGCUCGAGCUCUACCUGAGCGACACCAAGAAAAAGAACAAAGGGAAAGCACCGACCAUAGUCUUGCCCGGAAAAACUGCCGCCCCAGUGGAUACCGCUGAGGAGCACCAGGCAAUAGACCUGCUGCUUGGGGCGUACGAGCAAAUGAUCAGCGUGUCUCCCAAGAAGAGCCGCAAAUCGUGCAUUGGCUACUGGCAUCCAGAUGGACGCCUGGUGUCGAUUCCUGAAAAGCCCAUCGAUCUUAUCUCACGGACAUCGGGCAGAACGUCUGCCGGCACUAUCAAUUUGCAGCCGGAGGAGUGGUUGCUAUUUGUCGAGCGCGGGUCGCUCAUAAUUUCUGGCCAAGCUGGCGAGGAGACGCUUGAAGCAAAGCCUCAAUCGGAGGUGGAUAUCUCGGCAGAAUGGCUUGCUGCACUGGGCAGGGCUGAGCUUAGCCUGGACGAGUACAGGGCGUAUGGGCAUUUGCGCCGCCUCGGCUACGUUGUUGUUUGCCCCGAAUCCGGCACCCAGAAUAAAACGUCGGCACCGGCAUCGGCAUUGGCAUCUGGCAGAUGUUUUCCUUUUAGCAACAGCAUCGGCAGCGCAGCAGUGAAGCUUGGACAGUGGCUCUCUCGACUCGCCUCUUUCUUGGUGGCCGGCACACGCACAUACACGCUCAACGAUAUCUUCCAUGCUCUGCAGCGCCGCGCGCCCAACGCACACGCUGCCUUGUUUGGCGGCGGAUACAGCUUGUACAAGCCAGAACAUCCGUACAAGAAGCGCGAUCCGGGACAGGCGCAGCACCGCAUGGUUGUGGAGAACUCGCAAGACAGCGUUCCAGACGCAGCCAAGCUGAUGGAGUGGUCGCGGGCGGACUGCCAGCAAGCGGCCGUUGUGUGCGUCAGCGAGCCUGGCGUCGCUGGCUAUCUUAGAUCCGCCCGUUUGAGGCGCCCGAUGCGCCAAGCCGUCUGCAGGCGGCCAAGGCGAAACAAUAAAU